AUGAAUAAAUAAGAAUUUCAGACUCUUGAGGAGAAUAAAAACAAUUAGAUUUAUGGUGUAGCUCAACUUGAAAAUGAAAGAUUAAACUUUUUAUGGGGACUUUGUCAUAAAGGAGAUUUAAAAAUUAAUAAUGCUCUAAAUAUAAUGGAGGAGGAGAAGAACAAGGAAGAAAUUUGGGUUGAUUAAUAGAUUUAAGAAAAAACCUAAAAAUUGAAAAAUCUAAGGCUAUAGUUUUAAGACUUUUCAAAAGUUAAUCAAUAUGAUGUUACAUAAGAUAUCAAAAAUAUUGAUCUUUCCAUAAAAAAUAUUGAAGAUAAGCUAUAAAAUAAUAGAAAAUGGAAUUUCGAUUAAAAUGUCAAAUUUACAUUAUAAAGCAUAGAAAAAUUAAAUAAUUUGGUUUCUUAAAAGGAUUAACUGAUUGUAUAAAGAAACUUAGAAUAAUAUAAGGACAACGAUGAAAAUUAAAAUUAUAUUAAUUAUCUUCUAAAAUAUCAACAAUUAAAUAAGAAUAUUUAUUAAAAGUAUAAUUUUUACAAAAAAAUAUAAGUUUUGAAUAAAAUAGAAAAAGUUUAUGCAUCUAGCUUUAAUCAUAAUGGUAGUACUUUAGUGACUGCAGCAAAUGAUGGUUUAUACUUUUGGAAAUUUUAAGAGAAUAAUUAUACAUAUUUAUAUAAUUUGUGUACUGGAACACUCUAAGUAGAGAUCAUAUUUAGUAAAUUCUAAGACCUAUUUAUUACUCAUGAUCUUAUAGGUUAAUUCGGCAUAGUUAAAAUGAUAAAUGGAAAAUGGAAAUUGGAUUAAUUAAUUUAAGGACAUCAAGAUUAGAUUUGCUCCAUUAUGUUAUAAUAAAAUGAUAAAUAGAUUAUAACAGCUAGUUAGAAAAAUGGAAUUAAAAUUUGGCAUUUAAAUACAUUUAAUAGCUGGAUAUGUUAAUUUAGAUUUGAGUUUAAUAGCAAUAAUUUAUCAUAUUUGACUGGAAAUAAUGAAAAUUAUUUAGUUUCUGGGUCUUUUGAUGGUAAUAUUACAAUAUGGUAAUAUUAAGAUACAAAUGUUUAAAACAUUAUUAUUAAGAAAUUUUAAAGAGUUUUAAAUGCUCAUCAAAAUAUCAUUAACAUUAUUGCAUUUAUAAACAAAUAUAAAUUUUCAAGUUUAAGUUAUUAAAGUGAAAUCUUGAUUUGGGAAUAAUCACAAUCAAAUCAUUUAUUUAGUAAAAAAUAAGAAAUUAAAUUUGAGGGUCUUCAAUAUUGGAGUGUUUUCACUUAAAGAUUAAUUUUCAUUAAUGAUUUAAAUGUACUAUUUUGCUGUACAGGAAAUCAAAUUAAAAUCUUUAAAUUAAACAUAGAAGGAAAGUUUGACCUAAUCACUGAGAUUAUAAAAGAAAAAGAAAUAUAUGCAUUUAAUGUUACUCAAGAUGGAAUGAUAUUUACAUAUUCAAAUCCUUUUUCUUAAAAAUUAGUUCUAAAAAGAGCAGUUGAAAUAUAAUGA